AUGAGAUCUUGGAUGGAUUUAUCAACCGCUUUCGUGAGGCAGUACGAAUAUAAUUGCGAACUCGCUCCGACGAGGACCAUAUUAGAUGGGACCAAGAGGAAACCAUCGGAGAACCACAAGACGUAUGCGAAGAGAUGGAGGAAAUUGGCCGCCAAGAUGGAGCCUCCCAUGACCGAAAAUGAGAUCGUUCGCACGUUCAUCAAAGCUCAUGACCCGCCUUACUUUGAGGAGAUUUUUCGAAUAACUGGAUGUUCUUUUGCAGAAAUUGUCAAUAAAUUGGAAGAAUAUGAUGAGUUUGUGAGAGCAGGAAAAAUGGUUAAUGUUUCAUCUUUAAAGUCACAAUUGGAAGCCAUGCAAAGCCAAAGUAGCAGUAGUAAAAAGUCCCAGUUUAAGAAGAAAGACGAGAAAGCUUCCUUUGUUUGGAACCAAGGUUCUUCUUCCCCGCCUAGAUACCAACAAAAUCCCGCCUACUUACCUCAUUACUUAUACCAACCAUGCCCCCGACCUGUUUACAAUACCACAAUCAACCAUCCCUGUCCUCGACCAAAUUACCCAAACACACCGUCAACGCCAUUCCACAUUUCCCCACCAAACUUUCAAAUUAGGUCUCGCCCUUACCGAACCUUUACCAAUCUAGGUCGGCCUAUUGACCAAUUAUAUGAGCAAUUGAAAGCAGCUGGAAAAAUUGGUACAAUACCUCCGAAAACCUAUGCUAAAGGGUUUCCCAUAGGUUAUGAUUCUCAGUCGUUUUGUGCCUACCAUUCAGGAGCCCCUAGACAUUCCACUUCCAACUGUUGGGCACUUAAACACAAAAUUCAAGAUAUGAUAGAUGCUGGAGACAUAGUUCUAAGAAGGAAGGAUGAACAAAGGCCGAGUGUUAGCAACAAUCCUCUCUCUACGCACAAGGAUACUGUGGGAGCUAUUACUGUAGAUGAGGAAGUCGAGGAGCCUACCCAAUUCAUUGUGAAUGAAGCUGAGAUAAUAGGAGUCAUCGGAGAACCGUUCAUACUGGAAGAGAAAGCCUAUGAAGUCAAGGAAAAUACUGACCCUUUUAUUCUAGAAAUGAUACCUUUUGAAUGCGAGCCUUCAGAGCUCGUGGUACUUGAACUACCUGAGCAAGCUCCUGUUCUUAAUCUGCAAGAGGUCCUAUGGAAUUAUAGCGAACCUACACUAUUAAUUGGAGGAGAGAAGGUGCCCAAGAAGGAAGUGGACGCCAUUACUAGAUCUGGAAGAAUCAUAGGGGAGCCUGCAGUUGAUGAAUUCUUAAAAGCAAAAGAAAGUGCUACGCCAGCAAAACCAACUGUGACGGACGAAGAGGCUUUUAAUUUCCUUAAGAUGUUAAAGAAGAGCGAAUACAAAGUGAUUGAGCAAUUGGACAAAAUGCCUACUCAAAUUUCUAUGUUGAAUCUGCUUAUGACUUCUGAACUUCAUAGAGCGGCUUUACUCAAGGUAUUAAAUGAGACUCAAGUGCCUAAGGAUAUUCCAGUUGAUAAAUUCACUAAUGUAGUUGAACACGUUUUGGCUUCCAACCAGAUUUCAUUUUCCGACAAAGAUUUGACCGCCGAGAGGAUUGGACAUAACAAAGCAUUGUAUAUCUCAGUCCGCUGUAACGGGAAACUCUUGCCGAAGGUUCUGAUAGACAAUGGAUCUGCUCUUAAUAUCUGUCCAUGGAAUACCCUGAUUAAGUUAGGGUUUCAAGAGGCUAAACUGCGAUUGUCUACCACUGUGGUAAGAGUAUUCGAUGCGCGCGAAAAGGGAACCGAUAGGAGAAGUGGAUUUAGUGCUGAAAAUCGGACCUGCCCAAUUCCAAGUCAUAUGUCAAAUCAUGGAUUUUUCAAGUGUUUAUAA